ACAACGUACAUCGACGUCUCAAUCACUGGUUGCAAUUUCUGCGAAUAAUACUGAAUGAGUUGAUUUGUAACGCACAGGACUAAUUCAAGGAUUGACUAUGGAACCCAUAGAAAUGGACGAAGCUGUUCCCCAAAGUCAAAGGCUAGAUACAAUUGAUAGAUCAUCAAUUCAAGUCAAAAACAGCGCGGGUGGUUUUGUGUGGAAGGUUGAUGAUAUGAAAAGGUUGCGACGUUUUUUGGUGUUGGGAAGUGAAACACCCACGUACUAUAUUGACGAAAGAAAGCUAGGCUUAGAAAAUGCGAGAGCCCUUUACAAUCUUUUGCUAGCAGGAAGGGGUGUUGAAGUUGUCGAUGAAAUAGAGAAGUAUAGCAUUGAAGGACGAACACCAAGGCAGCAGGCCAUCGUGUUUUCUCUUGCUCUCUGUGCCCGGAAGGGGGAUCUUGCCACAAAACAACAAGCAUACAAGGCUUUACCCAAGAUCUGUCGAAUUCCGACUCAUUUGUUUAUGUUUAUUGAGUUCUGCAAGGUGUUCAGUCAGCCUGGCAAAGGUUGGGGUCGUGCCCAUAGGAAUGGCAUAAAACGAUGGUACAAAGAAAAAGAACCAAAGAAACUUGCCAUAGAUAUCACCAAAUAUCAAAAGCGUGAAGGAUGGUCACAUAGGGAUGUUGCAAGGUUAAUGCAUCUUAAGUCAGAAGGAACUGAUGUUUCUGAUGAGUUGUUUGUUAUAAUGAAGUAUGUUGUUUGUGGUUGGCAGAGGCUUUUUGAAUAUUUCUUUCCUGAAGAUAGGACAACUCCACGUCGUUCUAUUGGAGAAAAUGGCAAUACAAUGCUGGCGUUUUUUAGAGCAGUUGAAGAAGUAAAAACAUUGCAAGAGGAGGCAAGAGUAAUUGAACUGAUAAAUCAAUAUAAUCUUGUUCGAGAACAUAUUCCAACACAUUGGCUUAAUUCUAAAGAGGUUUGGAGGGCUCUUGUUCAAAAAAUGCCAAUGACUGCAAUGCUUCGAAAUCUUGGCAAAAUGACAAUAGUUGAACUACUAGAUGAGCAGUUGGCAUUGUCCCUUAUAUGUGAGAAGUUACUCAAUCAAGAUCUGUUAACGAGAGCUCGUAUUCAUCCAUUUAAUGUUUUGGUUGCACUAAAAACCUACAUGGAUGGACAUGGUGAAAGGGGGAAACUGACAUGGAACCCAAAUGAAGCUAUUGUUAAUGCAUUGGAAGAAGCUUUUUACUUAUCAUUUAAGUCGAUUCAGCCAACAAACAAGAGAUACAUGUUGGCAUUGGAUGUCAGUGGUUCUAUGUCUUAUUCUGGUUGUGCUGGUACGCCAUGUUUAACGCCACGUGUGGCUGCUGCAGCCAUGUCCAUGGUUACAGCUCGGACCGAAAGCAAACAUCAAUUUGUUGCUUUCUCUCAUGAAAUAGUUCCAUUGAUGAUCAGGAGUGACAUGAGUUUAAAUGAGGUGCUAGAACUUAUGGAAUUGAUAAAGAAUGGUGGGACAGAUUGUGCUCAACCAAUGUUGUAUGCAAUUGAGAACAAAAUAGAGGUGGAUGUUUUUAUUGUUUAUACUGACAGUGAAACAAAAGCUGGGAACAUCCACCCAAGCGAGGCUUUGAAAAGAUAUCGUCAGCAUUCUGGUAUUCAAGCAAAACUCAUAGUUGUUGCUAUGACUUCAAAUGGUUUCACAAUUGCUGAUCCAGAAGAUUUUGGAAUGCUGGAUAUUGUUGGCUUUGACUCAGCUGCACCACAAGUGAUGAGAGAGUUUAUCUCGCGCUAAUAGAACAGCAAAUGAUUUCUUCACAGAUAUUUUUGUGGAAAUGUACAAUGAAUACAAUCUUACAAUGUCUGAACAAUUCUGCUUGUCCUACAGAAUACAUGAAAUGUUUUAUCUAUUUAAUGGUCUUUGAUACAUAAGUAAUAUGCAAUGUGACAUUGCUUCAUGUGAA